AUGGAACAUUCGCGUUCGCGAAGCCGACGGCUUGUGACCUACGGCUCUUCUGUGAAUAAUCAGCCUCGUUCAAAAACGGCCUCUGUCCGCGCCUCGGCGGCCAAGGGAUCGUUAGACCCGCCUAGUAAGAUGCGCUCGUCGCAUUCGUCAACAAAUGAACAAUCUGGAAGCGUGAAUCGCAACAAACAAGCAAGACCGUCGGAGACAGCGCAGGCGCUAGAGAUCUCGGGGACGUCACGCCCAGCUGAAAAGGAUAGCAUUUAUGACCUUCCGUCAUCAGAUGAGGAGGACCUGGACUUGACAAUGCGGCGAAAACGCCGGCGGUAUGGUGUUGAUACGAAUGGGAAUGCCGGAUUAUCCGGCAACUCUCUUGCCGUACGACCUCCGCCUGAUUCUAAAGCCAAAAGGAGACCACAAGAAGUUUCGAUCAAAUCAAAGCCUGCGAGUUCGCCCACCAAGGUCGAUUCACCUCGCGAAACGAGACACGCGUCAGGCCGUGGAGCCCCGCGACCACAACAAAGUGCCAAAAUAUCAACUGAAACGCCGAAGAAGCCCAUUGCAGACUCGUCAAUGGAUCUUUUCCACAAGACUGGACCGACUCGCCUCCUCUCUCUCGACACGAGCGUACAAUCGAGCUCGCCCAAGGCAAAGCAAGCCUCGCCUGGAGGCGUACUCUCUAGACUAAGAAUUGAACCGGACUCCCCGAGCCCUCGACUACAUACAAGCACUCUAAGUGGAACUACAACACCCACACGAAGGAGACUGAUCGACUCACUGGGUACACGAGCACAAUCAGAAGAUAUAUCAUCAAGCCCUGCGGCCGUUAGCCAACCACCGUCUCCUUUUACACCUCAGAGUCCUAGCCGGCCAAAGGCCCUCCCUCCACCAAGUAGGCGCGCGGACGGUCAGGCGACAGACCUAAGCCAGGAAUCUACCGUCACAGUUUCACCGCAUCUAACCGGCUCUAGAGUCACAUAUGCCCGCCAACGUUCGUUUUUAGACGAUCUUUGCAUGGAAGAUGGCGUGCUUGGGCAGAAUAUGACAGCCAGUGUUGAGCAAGAUAGCCUGUCAGCUUCACAAUCCCGAAGAUUCGAUGACCUCCCCCGUACUCGCCUUUUUGAAAUCGAAGAGGUAAACAAUGAUGACGGGUCUGUUCGAAGUAUUCAUGAGCUUCGUCGAGCCGGGGGGAAUGCUCGUUACCGAGGUGCAAUUGAGUCCAUCUUUGAGGACAUGGAAGAUCCUCAUGUGUCAACUUCUGGUCGAUGUAAUUCUUUCGUUCAACUCUGCGACAAGUUGCUCGACUCCAAACAAGCACGUCAAUUUGUCGAGUGCAACUUUGAGAGAAGGCUUGUCGAUUGCCUCUCCGUGAACCUGGACACGGUGUCUGCUACUCUGGCUUUGUGCGUGUUUGGGUUAGCCUCAUUAGGUCGAUCUCUGCCCUAUGUUCUUGCAGCUGCUGCAUGGCCAAAGUUGCUGGAAGUACUGCCGUCCUUGAUCGGGGCCCAGGAUGAUCUAAGUGCGAUAGUUCGCGUUCGAAACAGCAACUUGUCCAAGGCUGCCCAAAGAUCGGUGCAAAAUAUCGCACCCCGAAUCCACGCGGCCUUGUUUGCUGACGCAUCUGUACCGACGAUGUCUCCUUGCAUUUUGGCACUACACUGUUUGAAGGUGACCAACUUAGCAUUCCAGGCCAAAGGUGAAAUACCUGAUGGCCUGCCUGCUCCUGUGCUGAGCCAGCUCGUCAACAUUCUCGUAUCCGAAAGCUCCCAUCUUCAAGAGCAGCCGACGAUAAUUGAUGAGGAGAGAUUACAUGUGUUGAUAUUAGGGCUCUCGAUCCUUGAGGCUCAUAUCACAUCCGCAGAUCCAGCGCAACAAGAACAGCGUGAUGCCCUGGGGGUUCUCUCGGACAUGCACCGCUUGCUUCGACUAGAUAACGAGGAGGGUCCAAUACGCCAACAAGUUCAGACGCUCUAUCUUCGAGUAAUCCUGAAUGUCACCAAUAGCAACCCAACGCUUUGUGACAAAUUUGCAACCGCAGCCAUGGUUGAAGAGCUAGCCACGAUCGUGAUGGCCAGAUUUGAUGAUCUGAGCGAGGAUACCCUCGCACAAGAGAACAACUCUCUCGAUACCGUGAUUCUAGCGCUGGGGGCUCUGAUCAACCUGGUCGAACAGAGUGAGGCGUCGCGUACCAUUUUCCUCGAUUCUGGUGGUGUUUCAGAAUCCAUUCUUGAUCAGCUCUUACGCCUCUUCUUGGCUCAUGUUGAUUCGAUAUCCAAGGCUCAUUCGGUCCUGGAAGUACAUCACAAUGUCACCGUGGGAUACUUGGCUGUUCUUCUCCUGGCACUUUGCCUACACACGGGCGCUCGCAUGCGGAUCAAGGAGUCCCUCCAUCCCAAUGGACUAACUAUCAUCAUGUCUACUGUAAAUGAGUUUUUGCAGUACCACCAGAAGAUUGAACAGGAACUUCACUCUACACAGUCGAAGAAAGAGGCCAGUGGAUUUUUGGUCCGGCUUCAGGACCUUAUCGAUGAGAUUCAACGCAUUGAUAACGAAUAA